AACUCCUAUCGUUUGAAAUUGCCGGCACGGCUGUUGCAACGAGGCGUUCAUCCGGUAUUUCACUCGUCGCUACUCCGAGUACAUGUGCCUAACGACGACCGACUGUUCCCUGGACGCUCCGAGACCCAGAUCGCGGACUUCGGAGAAGAAACGUCGGAAUGGGCUAUAGAUCGAAUACUUUCGCACAAAGGACGGGGAAUGAACACUAUCUUCGAGGUACGAUGGCGUGCCGGCGACACGACC